AUGCCCAUGUACGGAUACUCACACCUCUCAGCUCUGCACAAGGCGAACAUGGUCUCAGCGCCACCUCCCGAGAAACGAUUCAUCAUUUUCUGCUCUCGGGUCUCCAAAAAAUCAAUAGUUCACGAGUUCACGAGGAGGCAAGGCCGCCCUUGCUCCGAGUGGCUUGACGCUGACAUAUGGGAGGAAUAUGCUGCCGUCUCCGACCAUGAUGCGGCGCAUUUGUGGGCUUCUUUGCAGGGUUGGUCGCAGCUGGUUUUUCUCUUUGAUGAGUUUGAGAUGGCGGGACGCGGAAGACCUUGCUCACCCUCGCGCAUCUUGGCAAGAGAGGAAGACAAGGCAACACUCUCAUCUCUCAUCGACUACACCCUAGACAGUGUCGCAGCUGUCGAUCAUUUCCUGGUCUACCUGCGGGCGUCUGAUCCAUCAAGCAGACCAACACGUGCCGGUGAACUUGAUCUCGGUCGUGGCGCUGUAUACCGUGCUAUCGGCAAAACUUACCGGAGAAAAAAAAAACACCGGACCUCUGUUCAGAUGGUACCGCAGAACAUGAGCCCUCCAAACGGUCCUCGAAGCAUGCCACCACGACAACCAAUGCACCGGCCCUCCCAGUCCACCUCAAGCAACCAGGGCUCCGACAACCACGUGGCGCCGCGCAGCAGCAGCACCACUGAGCGACCGUCCUUGACCAAGCAAGUCGGCAGCAGCAGCAGCAGCGACAAGAGGACGUUCCUCCGCUCGGUCAAGACGUGGCUGUCGGUCAGCGAGCCGUCGGCGCAGGCAAUGAAGACGCAGAAGCGCGAGACGUUUCGCAAGCACGGCAUCGACCCCCGGGACCCGGCGGCGGCGGCCAAGAUGCACCUGCCGCUGGGCACGCUGCCGGCGGGCGCGACGACGUCGACGUCGGGGCCGACGCCGGAGAAGCGGCUGGCGAGGGAGCUGGCCCGGGAUCGGCCGACGGCGUACCGGAAGCACGGUGGGGAGUCGAUGCAGUCGGUAUCGAGCGGCGGGUCAUCGUCGAGCGCGGCGCCGAGCAUUCGGGAGCUCAACCAGGUGGCGCCGUGGGAGAAUUGA